UUGUUGUGCAGCGCUGCUUCGCUGCUUCGGCUUUCGGCUGCUACUCGGGCGGCUCCCUUCCCUUCUCCCUUUAGGCCCUGGCGUUAUUUUGUUGUGCCGGACCGAGCCUAGGUGACUGAAACACGAGCCGAGGCGGCCAGCGAGAGGGGAAGGGUACGGGCCAAGCCAACGCCACGCGAAUCCCCGAGUCCUGCAGUGAGCAGACAGGAGCAGACUGUAGCUGAGCCGUGACGUCACAUGUUGACAUUUUUACCAAAACAAGGCCCGUGAAGCGUUUGCGCGUCAGCGGUGGCGCGACGCCUGCGAGCAGUGCUCCCAGUUCCCCAGUGUGUGUACUAUCUUGAAAAUACUGCGUGGCGCGCUGGCUCGUGGCGCGGCCGCUCUGUGAAUCUAGUUUGACGCGCGAGUGUGAGCCAAGAGGACGAAGAAUGAUCUCCAGCUGCGAGGAAGCUCUGGGAGAAUCCUGGGUGGAGCUUGGAACAAGUGGAUGCUCCAGUCCCAGUCCAGAGAGGACCCAGCCGCUCCAACUUCAGCUGCCCCUUUGCGGGUCUGCAUCAGCCGAUGAAUACAUCCGCUUGCUGAGGGAAGCUCAGCGAGAAAGCAACCAGAGUUCUGCUAGGGUUUCCCCACGUAGCAGCCCAAAGUCUCCCCCCAACAGUCCAAACACGGAACUUUCCUCAGAAGAUGAUCUUCGUGGAGUGUACAUCAACAUCAAGGAUGGUGACAUGACCAGUGUGGAUCGUUCGGUUACUUCUGAUUGGAUCUGGGACUGGAGUAGCCGGCCUGAUCAAGCUCCUCCCAAGGACUGGAAAUUCAAGCACCCAAAAAAGAAAACCUUCAGCAUCCGCCAGGCCAAGAUAGGAAAUAAUUCCUUGUUUUCCAAAGAAGUGCUCUACACGCUCUUCAUAACCAAUGUGAUGACACUUCUGCUAGGCACUGGAGUUGGACUGUGGCUGAGCCGGAGGGGACUUUUCAUUCCUCGAGUUAACCUUGAGUGAAGAGAUGGGGCUGGCAACAUAAUUAUGUGAUUGCGGCUGCUGUGAUAUGUCUCGUCAGGUGUGAUGUACUUCUUGCACAUUUUACAAGCUGUUUACGUUCUUUUUCUUAAAGUUAGGCAUUUAUCUUUCUGUUUUCUUGUUCACAAAACUUGUAUUCUUUCUGUGUUAUGAUUGUUUGACUUAAAUGUGGUUUUGAGAAGACAUGACUGUGUUCCUUGUGCAAAGUCACCCUUACAGUUCAGGAUGGAAAGGUUUGCCUUUGUCUUAGUUUAAUUUUGCUCGGAUGAGGGGUUUCUUGCUUUAUUUUAUUGAAAGGUUCCUUUACAGUAGCCUAGUGCCCCCUGUUUGUUUCUUACUUUGAGGGUAAAAUUGGUUUCAUUUUGUUCCCAUGUUAUCACAAGUUCAUUUUUCUGUUGCUUCAUCAGAAUUCAAUUUGAAUGCAAUAAUUAUGUCCAUUCAACUGAACCUAGUCAUGAAUCUUUGAUGAAGUUGUCUGCCACCCCUCAGGUAACAUGACACAUCACUUAUUUAAAGCAAAAGAUCUUAAAGUUGUCUAAGUUCGCUUCGUUUUUUACUUUUUCAUAAUGUUCUCUCAUGUUAUAUUGCAAUGUAUGAGGCCAAAGCUUUACUAACAAGUCUGACUGUAGCUGUCUGAGGUAAACGAUGCAUAAUAGUUAGACUGCGCUUUGUGCAUGUGUCAGAUUGACUUCAUUCAGAUGCUUUAUUACUCACUCGAGUUAUAUGCUUGUCAUUGCAUAGCAAGAUCAAAUAUUUAAAAAAAUAUAUAAAUAAAGGACUAAAAAAAUAAUUCUUAUACUUAGUAUUGGUCUUUCUAUAAAACCGAUCUUGUUCUUUUUUUAUUUAAGAAAACUCUAUCUACACAUUCCUUUAGAUAAUAUAGCUGGUCUGCAUAAGAGUUUGUUGGGAUGUGUAAAGGAUGUGCUUCCUUUGAUGUGUUGCUUGCAGACCAAUUUUCACUAAUUUCUCUUCAACCUAAUGAUUGAUAAGGCCUUUGUCCUUGUACUCUUCUGAUCUGCACAGUUGGAUUGUCCAACUUGGCAAGAAUCAUUGCUUUCAACUACUUGAAGACUGUAACCUUUGUACAUAUCCACAGAGGCCAAUUCUUUGCAGAAACUUGUCUCUGGGGGAUGCCUUUUUAUUGAGUAAUUGAUACACGUAAUUUUAUACAUUACUACCAUGAUCAAAAUUUCGUAUUUAGAUGUUACUUGUCCAAUUUUGUAAUUUUCGUGUUAACUUAUCUGUCAACCCUCCAAAGACAAUUGAUAUCAGCACCCAAGUGUUUCAUCCCUUGGUUUUCCUUUGACUUCUUGACCGGUUUGAGAGAGAACAUUUGGGUGUUUUUAUCAAGGUCCUACUUAUCUUGUCUAGUGAAUCCAAGGCACCAGAGUUGAUCUUCGUAAAUGUAGUUUUCAUCUUUGGGAUUUGUAAAAUUAUUGUAUAAAAUGAGUGUCUGCAGGCAUGUUUUGGGGUGUUUUCAGGUUUUACAAUGAGACUAAAUGUGAAUGUGUUAUUACUGUAUUCGCAAGUUUUAUGUUAAAUGUAUUAUCAUCCAUUAGACAAAAAGAUGGUCACUAUUGUAGAUAAAUUUUGUUGAUAAGUAACUUGAAUAAACAUUUUUUCCUGAUUAAA